AUGACUAAAAUCGAUUUCAAAUCCAUCAAGAUCCAAAAAGGUAGAUUAGUAGAUACCAUUCACCAAACUGCAAAAUGGGGAGCCAAGGGAGUUUGGGGACCUGGUCCAACCGAAACUGGAGUUUGUCGAUUGGCAUUGUCUGAUUUAGACAAAUCAGUUCGUGAUUGGUUCGUUAAGGAGACUACUGAUUUGGGCUGCAAAAUCAAGAUUGACCAAGUCGGAAAUACUUUCGCCAUUUUCCCAGGAAAAAACAACGAUGCGUUGCCUACUGGUGUAGGAUCUCAUUUGGAUACUCAACCAAGUGGUGGUAGAUAUGACGGAAUUCUCGGAGUCUUGUCAGGAUUGGAAGUGUUGCGUACCUUGAAAGAGAACAAUAUAGUCCCAAAUUACCCAAUCGCAUUGAUUAACUGGACAAAUGAAGAAGGGGCCAGAUUUCCCAUUAGUAUGGUUGCGCUGGGAGUUUGGGCGGAAGCAAUCCCAUUGGAGACAUGUUUGAAUUUGGAAUCAAUUGAUGAUGAAAUUCCUACGACGUUUGGAGAAGAAUUAAAGAGAAUUGGAUACGCAGGUGACGUGGCUGCUUCAUACAAGGAAAAUCCUUUGGCAUGUCAUUUCGAGAUUCAUAUUGAGCAAGGACCGAUUUUGGAACACGAGGGCAAGAAGAUUGGUGUUGUCGUUGGUGGACAAGCAUUUGAGUGGAACUUAGUUACUGUUACAGGAAGAUCAUCUCAUGCUGGUACUACUCCAAUGAACACGAGAUCAGAUGCGUUGCUCAUGACAUCAAAAAUCAUAAUCAUGGCAAUCGAAACAGCUACUGCUCAUGGCGGUGUUGCAACAAUUGGCACUCUUCAUUUAACCCCUCAAUCAGUCAACGUAAUCCCUAAUGAGGUCAAAUUUUCAUUGGAUGUGAGACAUGUUAAUGAUGAAGUUGUCGCGAAAAUAGUAUCUGAGAUCAAAACAAAAGCUGCAGGGAUUUGUGAACUUGGUAUUGGAUCGACACUUGCAAAGCCUUUGUCAGUCAAGUUUGAAAAUUUGACCAUAUCUCCAGCAAUCAAAUUCAAUCAGACCAACAUCGAUACUGUAAAAAAAGCUGCUUUGCUGUUGUUCGAUGAAAAGGAUAUUAGAGAGAUCACUAGUGGUGCUGGUCAUGACUCUUGUUACGCCAGUAAGAGAGUGCCUACAUCAAUGAUUUUCAUCCCUUCAAAGGAUGGUGUCUCUCAUAGUCCCGAGGAGUACUCAUCUCCAGAAGAUGUUGACAACGGAUUCCAAGUGUUGUUGAGAACAAUCUUAUUGUACGAUGAAUUGAGAGCUAAAAAAGAAGGAGCUUAA